AUGUUGGAGACGAUGGAGACGGACAACUCGAUGAACAUCCGGGAGCUCACCGAGAAAAUGAGCUCCGACCCCGAUCUGAGCGCAGUCCAUCUCGAAGUUCUCACAGCGUGAGUUGAAGGGAUUACGCAUUAUGCGGAGGAAAACUGGUUUACAGAAAUGGAUUCGAGCCGUUUUUGUUGGAAUUCCCGAAUGCCGACAAGAGAAGUGUAUGGGAAGCGACGUUCAAAGAUGCGAAAACGACGUUGGCGAAGCAUCAGACGGCCGCUCCCUCCUGCAUUCUCAAGACUAUCAUCGCACAUCAGACAAGACCCGGACUGCAGGUUUGCCGUCUUCUUACUUGCACAACGAGCAAUUUCUUUUCCAGUUGUGCACGGCUACAGUAGUUCCUGGAAAGCGAGUGGACAGUAUGCCAUUUCUGUGGGUUUGUGCCAGCGACAAGUUCAGUGGCCAAGUGGCUGUGAUGGCUUUGGACGGCGGAGAAGUGACGAUCGAGAGCUGUUCGGCGAUCGGGAAUGCGGCAGUGACUGCCAUGUGCACAGUGCCUCCAGCCACGUACGAAUUACAUUCGAUUACAGAUUCUCAAUAGACUCUUUUAAGAAAAGCGAGAAAGCGAAAGAUCAAGUCGCAGAAGUCGCUGGAACAUUUGCAGAAAGAAGCGAUAAUGGAGAUCAACAGCAGUGGUUCCGACUCGGAAUCUUCAUCCGACGAAGGAACGUCUUCAGCGGGACAGACGACAGUUUGGAUCGGAAACGACGAUGGAGAGGUGUUCGUUGUGAAUUCAACGGAACGAGUCAGAUCGAGAGCAAGGGACCGUCUCGCCCGGCUGCGGAACAGUGUCACUUCGAUUUGCGCGGCCAACGGGAACGUUCUCGUGGCGACUUCCUACUCCAGUCAAGUGCAACUUUUGCUUUUCCGUCCUUCCUCGGAUGGUAACUGGGAUUUGGAGAACCCGCAGACGGUGGGACACGUCUGUCAUUCGCCGAUAACAGCAAUGCAACACGUUGGACGGAGGGUCAUACUGGCCAGUGGAAACUCGCUCCACGCAUUCUUCGUGGACACCGGAAAGUUCCAGCCGCCUGCGGAAGUGCUUCCUUCUGGCGACGCCGUCACUCUCAUGGCGGUAUCCGGGCAGCACAUCUUCGUUUCCGGCCGGAAGUCCACCGUAAUCUUCGUCAUCGACGCAUUCAAUCUUUCCGUCGUCAACCAGUUCAACGUGGCUUCCUUCGUGAGAUCUCAGUUAUCCGGAAGAGAGCACAUCCUCCGGGAGCACAAGAUGGGAUGUCUGCGUAUCUCGUGUCUCACCGUCGCUCGCUCUCAUUUGUGGAUCGGAACUUCCGCAGGAUUCGUCCUUUCCGCAGCCGUUCAAUCAGCCAAAUCUCAGCCGAUACCUGAGUUCAAUGUCUGCGAGGUCGGCCACAGUGGCCCGUGUCGGAUCCUUCUUCCCGUGCAGAGUCCCUGCUCUUCUAAUCAUACUUCUCGGAAACAAAAGCGAAGUUCAUUGAACGUUCCCGCUCAACAGUCUUCCCUGGUUCGUUGUAUUACUCAUUCUCUUCUAAAACAACUUCAAUUUUCAGUUAACGCUCGUCAGCUGCGGUGAAGGCCUCGACGACGGAACAGCCACUCAGGACCCCUCAACGGAUGCAAUCAAUCAUCUUAUUUUCUGGAAAUGCUCGUGA